AUGAGCGAUGAGAAGCUGGAAGAAAGCAUUAUCAACUUUACUCGUGAUUUUUUUCUGCCGUAUGUUGAACGCUGGUGGGGGAAGACAUAUCUUGCAUUCCGCGAGUUCGGCGGGUUCAGUUUCAGCAUGGAUGAUUUAAUUCGGAAGAGGAUGUCGUCCCUGCCGAAUGCCGUGUGGAUCGUGCUGCCUCCGUUUGAGGAGGGCAUGCGUGUAAGAGAAGCCUGCCUGAAGCCCUGGUUUGCUGGUAUUAAUCUGUCCGCUGAUAUCCAGAACAGUUCUUUGCGUCCCUGGUCCGUGCAGUAUUCCAAGAUGAUGAGCUACUUCCGCAACGAGUCACACUGGCCCGAAGAUUUGGCGAAUCGGAUGCGAAAGACUGACAUGAUGGAGCUGUUCUAUCCGGACUCGAGGCUGUUCUGA